UCCCCCAACCAGUCGGGCUCCAGGUGCGUCAGGGAAGGGAAGCGAAGCCUCGUCUGGGGACACAAAGCUCCUCAAAGCUCCCCGAAGCUCGCAAGGGGACGCGUUAUCCUCGCUCAGGUGAAAGGGCUCGGGGACGUGGAUCGGAAGACCUCGUUAGAACACGGAGCGACAAUGACUAAGACUUCAGUGCACUGGUUCAGGCAUGGGUUGAGGCUCCAUGACAACCCAGCUUUAUUAGAAUCAGUGAAAGACUGUGAAAAGUUUUAUGCCAUAUUCAUUCAUGAUGGAGAAACAGCAGGGACCGAGGUUUCGGGUUAUAACCGCAUGCAGUUUUUGACGGAAUCACUGUGUGAUUUGGAUGAACAGCUACGAGCAGUUGGUGGUCAGCUGUUUGUAUUCAAAGGAAAACCAACAGCUGUAAUUAAGAUGCUUCAUGCUGAAAUUGGAAUAACUCGUUUGACCUUUGAACAGGACUGUGAGGCAAUAUGGAAUAAACGGGACAAUCAGGUACGAAGUCAGUGCAAAGAGCUCGGCAUAGAGAUCGUGGAGAAAAUUGCUCACACCCUUUGGGAUCCUUUUGAGAUUAUUGACUGUAAUGGAGGUCAGCCACCACUGACCUAUGAAAUGUUUGUGCAAGUGUCAGCAGUAUUAGGUCCUCCAGAAAGGCCAGUACCUGAUGUCAAGUGGGAUGAUGUAAUCUUUGGAGAAAUUUCAGACGAGCUUGCUAUGAAGUUACAGCUGUGCCCCCACAUCCCAACACCAGCGGAACUUGGUUGGAAUAGAGAAUGUGACGAACAGUCGGCAUACAUUGGUGGAGAGACGGCUGCUUUAGCACACCUGCAGAAGAGACUGAAGAUUGAGGAGAAUGCCUUUAGGGACUGCUAUAUCCUGCCAAACCAGGUCAACCCAGAUAUUCUCGGUGAACCUAUGAGUAUGUCGGCAGCUUUAAGAUUUGGAUGCCUCUCCGUCAGAAAAUUUUACUGGAAUAUUCAAGACAUAUAUUUUGAGCUACACAAGGAGAUAAAACCGCCCUUCCAUUCCCUUACGGCUCAACUCAUUUGGCGUGAAUUCUUCUACUGCAUGUCUGCCAACAAUGAAGCUUAUAACAGAAUGAAAGGAAAUCCCAUUUGCAUCGACAUCCCUUGGAGGAAGGAUGAUGAGCAUUUGAAGGCGUGGACGGAGGGACGCACAGGUUAUCCUUUCAUUGAUGCCUGCAUGAGGCAGCUUCGCAAGGAGGGAUGGAUCCACCAUGUGUGUAGGACAGCUGUUGCGUGUUUCUUGACCAGAGGAGACCUGUGGAUUAGCUGGGAAGAUGGACUGCAUGUGUUUCUGAAAUACCUCAUUGACGCAGACUGGUCUGUCUGUGCUGGAAACUGGAUGUGGGUCAGCUCCUCGGCCUUUGAACGCCAGCUGGAUUGCUCCACCUGCAUAUGCCCCGUGAACUAUGGCAAAAGAAUUGAACCAACAGGGGAUUAUAUCAGACGAUAUGUUCCUGAAUUAGCUUCACUGCCACAAGAUUACAUUUUUGAGCCCUGGCUUGCUCCAAAAUCUGUACAAGAAGCAUACAAGUGCAUCAUAGGACAAGAUUAUCCUGAACGUAUAGUCAUUCAUGCAGAGGCAUCCAAGGCAAACAGGAAGAUGAUGGAGAGCAUUAGGGAGAAGAUGGCCGUGAAACCACCACACUGUUGUCCGUCCAAUGUGAAAGAGACGAGAGUAUUCUUGCGACUGCCUGAGGCUUGCUACCACAAUGUUCUCUAGUGGGAUUGGAUCUAAAUCUGUUACAGUAGAUGAGUACUGUAACAUCAACAGAGGACAUUUUACCUUCUGUAAUACUUUACUAUAUGUAUACAUCCAGAUAUGCUAAUGGUACAAUUUAUAUAUGAGGCAUUUGGUGCAGGAUCUGAGUAGUUCAUGAACAUGGAGACAAUCUUGACAUAAUUGCAAUUAUUUUUCUUUUUAGUUUUCAUGUUUUUUAUCUAAUAUUUAUAAGAUGUUUCACAUUUUCAAUCAGAUUUCUCUCAUUGUUGGUCAUCUCCCAUUCUUGAUGAGUAGGAGCGAUCACACUUUUCUAGUUUUCAAGUACUUGUAUCAUGCACAUGAAGCCAUCUCUGUGCUCAUAGGCUUUCCAUAUUUUUCUUGUUUUAGACUUUUUAUCCAUUUAUAGAUUAAUGUCAAGUGUUCUCAAAUGUCCUAUGCUCAUUUGCUGAUCUUGUACCUAUGUCCUCUGCCCGUUGAAUCCCUAUGCUUUUUAUCCCUUGCCAGAUUCUUUUACUGAGUUGGCCAAGUGACCAGAACUCAUUUCCUAAUGCAAUGCUGAUGGGGAGUUUAAGUCACUGCGUACUCUGAAUUCCAGCUUAUUAUCGCUGAGUGGCUGUUUGCAAUCUCAUGCGCCGCAGGGUUGGUGAUUCCAGCCAUUGUUUACCAUGUAUGAGCGUUCCUUUGGUCUGCAUUUUCAAAGAAAGUGAAAGAGCUUUCAGCCAACUUUGGAAGGAUGAAGCUUCCACAUGCACAAGUCUUCUAAACUGCCUUGACAGCUGUUGUCCGACCCACAAAAAUGUCCACCGUCCCUUUUCAGUCGAUAGAAGGUUAACAGCAGGGCCAAUGCUCGUGUUCUCUGCAAAGUUGCAAGAUAUGCCACUUGCGACUGUUGCUCAGAGUAAUUGAUAUAUCACUUCCUCCCCCAAGUGCUUCAUAUCCUAUGCUCAGAUUUUUGGUUUGUAAAAUUGAAUGAAGAGAGCUUUUGUGAUCUAGAUUUUUAAUAGUGUGCAAUAUUUGAUGAAGAGGUUUAGUGCCUGCAAGUGGUGGUGUACAUAGAAUUGGUGAUAUAACAGGUGAUAAACAAAUUUAAAAGUAUAUAUAGCAUUAAUUUGUGGGAAAAAAAAUAAAUGAAAUUAUUACACAUGAGAAAACACCAUAGAUAUAGCCACAACCACCCACACUCUCUAUCCAUAUACCCUACACACUCACUCUCACCCUUACUUUUAUUUAUAUAUAAGUCAUACAUCUUUUAAUAAGAUAUUUCAGUAUUGCAGGCAGCUGAUGCUGAAUGAUGCUGAAUGGCAUGCAUUUAUGCAUAAAGUUAGAUGGCCGUAGAAUGGGAAUGGAAAUUUGAAUUGCAAAGCAAGACUUUGUUUCCUACCCUCUUGGCAGAUGUGACUCAGUCUAACAGGAGAAUAUUAUUUCUAACUGUGGCAGGAUAUCACUUUGGUUUUCAAGGUACAGUGGUUAAAGGGUUAGGAACUGUUAAGUUUGUUAAUAAAGUUAUUAACUUUCCAGUGCAUAUACCAGAUUAAUAGGGUAUUAGAAUUAAGAGUAGAGUACCUGAACUCCGAAUUAAACCUAGUCAUUUGUCACUAAGCAGGAUAGAAGUAGAAAAAGAGGCUCCUGGAUAAAUUGCUUCCCUUGUGAAAGUUGCCAAAGAAGAAGUGUGUUCAACACCAAUUGAUUUUGAUAUAUAUAGUACAGACCUUUUCUGUUGGGAAAAUAUGACAGAAGUCCUUAGAUCUGCAAUUAUGAAAUUAUCACACUUUACUAUGCUCUUAGAUUUUGGUGUCAUAUGGUGUAAUUGUUGAUGGAUAAAAACAUCUAAUUCAUGUUCCCUAAAUUCUAUAGAAUUCUGCUCAUGUUCUCCUUACUAGUUUAAGAGUCAAAAGAUUUUGAUAAUUACUUGGAUUGGUGUCCCAUGUUUUGACAUGACUUUAGAGAAAAUGUGUAUCUCAUACUGUACAAAUACAACUGGAUGGUGACUCCCAUUCAUCAGAUGAAAAAACGAUCUUGUGAAUCAGUUUUGUAUAACUUAACUAAAGUACUAACAGAAAUGAACUCCCAUUUCUUCCAGAGACUCUGAAGGUAUGGCAAAAGGGAGGAGGGAUGGACAUGACAGAUAAAAACUCACUUUUAGUUGAUACAGGGGAUACAUUGUGGUUUGCAAUGAGAUUAUUUCACUCUUGGUAAUGACUCUAUAUCACUUGCUCAUUUUAUGAAGAAAUGUAUAGUAUUAUGUUAUAUUAUUGCUGAUUUUAUAUGUAUCAUAUUUGUUUGCAACAUUUAUUACAGGGUUGAAAAUUGCUGUAAUGUAUUUGUCUGUAUGAUGUAUUGUUUCCUUAUAUAGAGAGUAUUUGGGAGUGCUUUUCAGGUCUCAUGAUGGUUUUGAAUGUCUUGGUGCAGUACUCUUUGCAUGUCAUCAUAACUUCCUGCGUCAGUUGCAGAAUCAUUGGAAUAGAUAUUCAUUCUUCAUAUUUUGUUGAUUUGUGGAGAUCUGAACAUUUCUUUAUACCCUAGGGAAAUAUGAAAAAGAAAAUGUUGAUCUGAAGUGGAUACUGAUCAGAAUUUAAACAACUUCAUGAGACCUGAUAUCAUCAUACCAGAUAUAUCAAUAUUAUUAUAUUUACUCUCAUUUAUAUACCAUGAGACACAAUAUUUACAAUGUAAGGUUAUGUUGAAAUGUGGAAUGUAGCAACUCCUCGUCUUAUGGUGUAAGUUGUUACUAUAGAUGUUUAUUCUUGAAAUGUUAGUAUGAUUUAAAAGGAAACAAUUCCGCAUUAUCUUUUAAUUUGUUAUAUAUAUCUUUUAUACUGUAUAAUUUUUAAGUAAUUGAACUUGCUUAAUAUUUUCCAGCAAGUUAUAUAUCAAUCCCGUACAGAAAGUGGUAUAUAUAUUUGAAAUCCUUGAUUUAUAUUUUUUGUUAAAAAAAAAAUCUGAAAUUACACAGUCACUAAAAAGGAUUACCUAUGAUUGUUUUUUUUUAAGGUAUUCUUAGCAAUAGAAUAUUUGUUGACAUUGUUGAUUUUUGCUCAGGAUGACAUCCAUCAAGGCUCAAAGACGGACAGUAUAGCACCAUAAAGUUGCAGUUACUGUCAGUCAUUUAUGAUGUUCCUGAAAAAAAUAGUGGAUGAGACCAUUCUCUGAUUCCUUCUUUGUCAUACGAUAUGGGGAUUUACAUUUACAAUAAGGUCUCAGAGAAAUGUGAGUGAAGUGUUGGAAUUUUAUCUUUUAAUUUUUAAAUCAUUAUGUGAAUUAGUAUAUCUGUCUAUCUGUGUUGCCUAUCUGUCUGCCUGCAUGUUUACCUACCUACCUCAAUUUGUCUGUCUGUCUCUGCUUGCCUCCCUUGUUGUCUGUCUGUAAUGGUAUAUUUUGUAUGAAGAAGCCAAUUUUUCGCACCCUCUUUUCUCUCGAAAUCCUUGCCAGAUAAACGUCCAAAUUAUAUGUGGGAAGACUUACUCUCUUCAGAAAUGUAAGAGCAUUGAUCUAUUUUUAUAUAUGCAAGCAAAAUCUAUGUGUUUGGAAAGUAUUUUAUAUGCUUUUUUGAAGGAAAGAAAUUAGAAUGAAUAGAAUGAUGUAAGCAAUCUAAUGAGCUUGUAAUUAUGAGAAAAUUCAGGUAAGAGGUGUACAAUAUGUGUACAUGUGAUACUAUAUCUGUUGUUUUUGUGAUAUGUGACAAAUUUCACUGUUCUCAAAGUUCUUAUUUAACCCACUGGUGCUGAGUACAUGCAAUGUCCACUGUAGUUUUGUAUUACAAUUGAUGGCUUCAUAAGUGCUUCGUCGCAAGGUCAACCAGACCUCCUUAUCAGUUGACACCAUGCCAUGUAUUUUCCACGAGUCUUUAUUUUUAAUACAAGUAUUAUUGCUAUUAUUAAUAGUAUUCUUAUUAACAAUAUUAUGAUAAUUUUAGGAGCAAUAAUGAUAGUAAUAAAGAUGAAAAAAAAAAAAUCGAGAAAUUCAAGGAAUUUGGUUAGGAAGGGAAGUCAGGUAGGCCAAGGAAUUGGCAUCUUGGUGACAAAUCACUUCUGGAGUCAUUAAUCAAAUAAAAUUACAGUAGACAGUGCACUCAUACUGACACUCUUGGUGUUAACAAAUUAUGAUAUCACGGUAGGUCAUGGAGACCGUUUCGGUUAUUUGGAUAAGAAAACGUCAUAAUUGGUCAUUUAAAUUCUUUUUGUUUGGUACAUGUAUACAGUCUGUAUAAACCUGUAAUCAUGUAUUGAAUUUUUCUUUUUUUCGUUUUGCUUGUCUUCAGUAUUUGUAGUGAGAGAUCAGUGGCAUUUCUCGUGAUGCUGCAAGUUUCUUCAGUUCUUAAGGCAAAGUGUGCAGAUGACAAUGAAUACAUUUUUUCUCCUUGACUGUGAAGCCUAAAUGUCCUUAGGACACUUUGUUAUGGGUACGAAAAGUAGACCACAAAGUAGUUCCAUACGCACAAGGUCUUUGUAUUAUGUGAUGUCAUUGUAGUCUAUUAAUCAAGAUAUCACUGUAGCGUUGUAAGGUAUAAUGGACUUCCAGAAUUGGCUAAAAGUCCUGCUGCCAAAUCUUGUAAUUGAUGAAAAAAAAAGAGAAAAAAAAAGCAAAAAAAGAAAAACAAAAAACAAAACAAAACAAAAAAAAGGAAAAAUAAUGCAUACGUUUUUUGUGGAUAUACUAGUCAGAUUGUAUGGGUAGAAUACCCCCCAAAAAUUAAAUAAUAAUCGUCAGUGAAUCUGGUUUUAGACUGCCCAUAAUCUACAUGUAUUUCAGUCUUUUCAUUCUUUUGAGGCUCAUUUCUUAGCAGUGAAUAAUGAGAAGUAUGCAUACUGUAGUAGUAGAAUGACUGCUAGCACGUAUUUCAAAAACUAUAGGACAUAUUUAACUAACUGGUAAAGUAGGUUCUGUGCACGAUUAACCUAUAGCCACGUACAAACAGUGUCAUAUUAGAAUAGUGUCAUUAACCUACAAAAAGUUUGGAACUGAUGAUUAUCCAUGAAUAUAGACUUGUUUGUAGACCAAUUAUAUCAUGCAUUUUCCAUUGUGGAAAGUGAUAUGAAGAACUAAUAUACAUUUAAUGCAGUUUAUGUUGUAUUUUUAAGGACUUGUAUGCUGUUUCUGUUCUCAACUUUAUUUCCAUAGAAAAGUUUGGAAUAUUGCUCAGAAAAUUCUCCUACCUUUUAUUAGGUAAAGAAAUCUUUUGCUCAUUUACAUUUGCAAAUUGUCUGAUGUGAAAUGUUUGGACUUUCUUGAACCCUGAAGCUAAAAGAGUUCUCCGAACUUUUUAAUAUAAAUUUGUAUUGCAUUUGUGUUGAAUGUCUAUCUUUAAUUAAACCAUAAAUAUUCUGAAAA